AUGGUAGAUUGAUGAAAUUUGUUGAAUCAGUUUCCUUCAGUUUUCUUCCUUCCACUUGAAGAUUUUAUCUAAAUUAUAUUAAUUGCCUGAUAAUAAACCUGGUAUUUGAAACUAGUUAUCAUUUGAUUAAACUUAAAUGCAGCUGAAUAGUCAACAGUGUUUUCACAUGUUGUCAGCUCAAUCAUUACAAUCAUGAAGAUAGUUACAGCUCAUUAAAAUAUCAUUCACUGUGUCUUCACUUUGGUGAUCAACAAAAUUACCUUUCCUAGACUGUGUUAAUUAUCAAACCUUUAAAGUUUUGUUGUUUUUUUCCCUGAAAAUGAUCUCAUCCUUAGCCUUAAAUUUUACCCAUUUUAAACUGAACAACUCUGAACUUUCUUCAACCAAAUUUGUAUAAAUUUAAAUAAUUUAACCAAAUUAAUUUGUGACAGCUUUGAAUUGACUAAUAACAAUUUUCUGGAAAGUGGAUAAUCAGCCUUUUCCAGGUCAAAAUGGAUCGACGAGCAGUAGCCCAAGUUUGUGUAGAUUUAAUUUCGACUGGUUUGUUGAUUGCUGCAGACCAAGGGAUUGAUUAUCUGGAGCCAGUUAGACGAGGAUUUUGGUGCUCAGAUGAAUCAAUCAACUAUCCAAGACAAGAUGAGACUGUACCAUACAAAAUGUUGGUUCAAAUUUCAAUGAUUCUGCCGGUUGUCUUCUUGAUUGUAUCCGAAAUAGCUUAUGCUCAAAUCAGUAGGCGAAACAAGCUAUUUUUAACAAGCCAAGAAUUUUGGUAUCACCUGAUAACUGUACUUUUUUCAUGGGGCUUUUGUUUUUGGUUGAAUCAAAUAGUAACAAGCUUCAUUAAGGUGAGAGUUGGUCGAUUAAGACCAGUAUUUCUUGACUACUGUAAGCCAAAUAUUGAUUGCUCGGAUCCACUUUAUGCAAAUACGUAUAUAACCAACUAUACAUGUCAUACUGGCCACUCCGAUGAAAAAUUUGCUCGCACUUCUUUCCCGUCUGGACAUUCAUCAGAAUCAAUGGUUUCAAUGGUUUUCAUCAUAAUUUAUCUAUGGAAACGUUAUUCCAAAGACUCAACUCGUUACUUUGUUGCAUUGGUACAGAUAGUGGCUCUGUUUAUCGGGUUUUUCGUGUCUUUAUCCAGAAUCUAUGAUAAUAUUCAUCAUUGGAGUGAUGUUGCUGCUGGAAUGGCUCUAGGAACAAUAUUUGCUUUCAUUGGUUCUCUUUUGCCUGGAAGAUUGGACAGAUUGAAAGACGAUUCCGAAGAUGCUAAAGUAACCUCAGCCUCAUCCGCAACAUUCCGAAGCUUUGCAUAGUAUUGACCUGUUCAAUAACAAAUAAAAGAAUUAGUAAAAUGAUUUAAAUUGAAAACAUCAAAAUACUUGUACAAACCUCAAUAUCAAGUGUUUCCACUAUCAAUCCUUGAACGGAUCAACAUUAAAGUCAAUUUGCUGUCAAA